AUGGCGUCAGAUGAGAUAAAAAUAGAGUUGGUAAAGUACGGGCGAACCACAUCACUAAGAGGAGUGCCCAAGCUUUUGAGUUCGGAUGACAAAGUUUUGAAGACAUUAUGGAUGGCGUCGCUGAUAACAUGUUCCAUGGUCUUGAUAUACCUUCUUAUAACUUCGUUUUAUAAAUAUUACACCUGGCCGAUCAUGACACAGUAUGGAGAAAUGAUAGGUGAUGGCAUCUCAUUCCCAGACGUCACCUUCUGCAACAUUGACCCAUUUUCGGCAGGCUACCCAAGCGGACUUACCAUCGAUAGCUACUUCGACUUUUUAAAAUCCAACAAACAAAUUAUUAAAAACAUUUCGGCAAAUGAUUUUAAUUUGACUAAAAGCGAAGAAAGCUUUAUGUAUCGAGAUUUGUUAUCAAUACCAGGCUACAUAUCAAAUCUACCGAAGCAUUAUCAAAUUGAAAAACUGGACUGCCCGAAUUUCAUUGUCGACUGCAACGUAUUCGCGAUGAACUGGCUCGGCACAAACAUAGACUGCACAGAGAACAUUACAAAAUUCUGGGAUAGAGAUUACUACACGUGCUUCACACUGAGAACUAGUAAAAUAAACAUCGCCCAUAAUAUAACAGUGAAAGGUUUGACAUUCAUAUUGAAUGUAGGCCCGCCAAACUAUGAUCAACUACCCAUUAGAUCGACAAUCGUUGGCUCUCAGACGAGGGGGGUUCAGGUGAGUGUGCACAGUCCUGGCUCCUCCCCUGACCUCAAGCGAGGGUUCAGUGUGGCACCUGGCACUGAAGCUGUGGUUACCAUUGUUCAGACUAAAAACAAACGCUUGAACCAACCGUACCACGUUGUCGACUGUACGAAUGAACUGAAAAUGCCAUCGUACCCGAAAGAGAAGUAUUCCCGCGACCUCUGCAUUGAAUACUGCAAGCAAAAACUAAUUCACGAGACCUGCGGAUGUAUGUCCAACUACUUGAACGUGCCUCCGAGCGUUCUCGACAGUGUCGACCUCUGCGGCAACUUCACCAUCAACAAAGCUAAUCUUUCGGACGCUUCCUACAACCAAUCAAACAUUAGAAAUGUCAUCGAAGGCUACUUAUGCUCUAUGGACUUCCUCGAUAUUGAUUCCUGCAGUCCAGGCUGUCUCAUACGUUGCGAGAAGACGGUCUACAGUACCUACAUCGCAAUUUCGCCGUGGCCACAACCAGCGCUCCAGCUUAAUCUAUUCGGCAGCUACAUCUACAACUGCACGAAAACAGAUGAAGAUGUCAAAACGAGAUACUCAAAAUACCUUCAACUGUAUGACGACGAUGACGAUAUCCAAAUUGAUUCAAUCCAAAGCGUCAACUCCAUUUCAGAACUAACGCAGAUUCAAGAAUCGUUAUUAGUAGUUAAGCUGAUCAUGAAAGACACCUUUCCAUUUUAUCUGAUAGACCAGCCAGCCAUCACAUGGGACUCUAUGCUGGGCAUUAUAGGAGGAACACUGUCUCUAUGGCUUGGAAUCACUGUGUCCACAGGCGUUGAGUUGUUGGAGCUGGUCUACUUGAUCAUCAGCAGUUACUUCAAGAAUAAGAAUAAAAAUAGCUCUGCCAAUGAAAGCGCGCCGUCUAAUUCGAGAGUUUUUGCAAAAGUUCUAUCUAACUGA